GGCUGAGAACGAGGGUUUUAACGGGAACCCCAGGACGCUCACAUUACCCAGUGAUUAGAUCAACGUCGUCGAGUUAACACAGUUCCUGGCAUUCAUCGCAGACUGGUGCCGCGAGCCGACCGACAACUACGAUGGAUCUAGGGCACAUUCGUCGGGGUAUUGUGGUCACAGCGUUUCUCACACUUUUCACAGUGUUGAUGGUAGACACCUGGCCGGUUGACAAACAUCGCAGUAAGAGAACCAUCAUACAGAUGUGUGGCUUGAUUAGUCUCUACACAAACCGCAGCUGUCUCGACUACAACAACUACGGCUGUUUCUGCGGACUAGGCAAUGCUGGACGCAAACCACUGGACACGGUCGACGCGUGCUGCUGGCGACACGAUUACUGUUACGGUCUGGUUGACUGCUUCUGGAUGUAUCCACAGUUGGUGGGCUACAAUAUACACUGUCAUCAAGGCAGGUGCGAGUGUACAGAUUCCAUGGAGAGCAGUCCGUGUGCGAGGACAACGUGUGAGUGUGACGUGCGCUUCGCCUCAUGUCUGGCAGAAGGACAAUUUCACAAUCACUAUGUUAACUACGACAGAGUACUGUGUGCACAACAACCCUGGUCGGACAGGACCGAGCAGGACGAGGACGAAGAGGAAGUGGAGAUAGAAGCCGACACCGAUGUACAGGAAGUUGAAGAACAAACAGAGAGUACACCAGAACCUACUGCAAGUCCAGCUGCUGAAGAACAAACCGAAACUGCACCAGAAGAAACUCAUGAUUCACGUCCAGACAGUGAAGACCAAAUAGAAAUUGAAUCAGAGGAAGCUGUAGAACGAGAAAGCAUUGAUAAUAAUUCACGUCGGGAAGCUGUAGAACGAGAAAGCAGUGAUAAUUCACGUCGGGAAGCUGUAGAACGAGAAAGCAGUGAUAGUAAUUCACGUCGGGAGUCUGCAGAACCAGAAACUGCAUCAGAAAGCAGUGAUAAUAAUUCACGUCGGGAAAUUGAAGAGCGUACUGCAUCACAAGAUAGCUACAACGACUACGAGCAUUUACCCGUCUUAACGUAAAUUACCUCUCACCAUCUUACAUCACAGUACAAUAUAACUGAGCGGGGACGUUAGAAUUGAAAGUAUCAUUGUAAGAAACCCGGUGAUUUGUUAUAGGUAAGACUGGUCGCUCCGUCUAGUGAUAGGCUGUUGUCAUCUCAGAGUGAAUGGUGGAUUCAUUCUGUUCAUCUCAUCUGACAGACUCCAUGCUAAACCACUGACAAAAACAAUUUCUACAAUUUUUGUUUUUAAUGGAAGUUUCUCUUUGAUGUAAAACAAUAUACCUUUAUCCUAAUUUUUUUGCUUUAAACCACAUCACAAGUUUAUAUAAAAUAAAGGUUUUGCUGUUUGAUACUGAAUCAUGUAGCACAUUAUAAAAGUGAACGCACAUCUAUAAAUACUAAAACUUUAUUGUAUAUCUACUAGUUUUGUUUCGUAAAAAAUAUAUAGAUCUCUUUUUUAUUAUUAGUUUACUUGUCAUUAUUGGUCUUGUUUAUGUGUGGAACAGAACAGUGGUAGUCCUCGAAAGACACAACAACCGAUAGGAAUUUAGAGUUACAUGUACUUUGUUAAAACUUCCUUUUGACUCUCUUGUGCUGAGAAACGGUUUUGAACAAAACUGCUUUAUUGUUCCGAUCAUACAAAAAUUUAUGAAAGCUUCAUUAUAAAAUGCAAUAUAUAAUAGCAAACUUUUUAAUUGAA